CGGAAACAUGAGGGUGCCCAACUGAAGACUGCACACCGGAAAUACCGAGAGCGGCGCCGGAAGUACCGGGGGAGGGAGGAGCCAUGCCGAGGAGAAAGCAGUCCAACCCCCAGCCGGUGAAAUGGGGAAGUGAGGAGCCUCUGGAUCCCAGCAGUCUAGUACUUGAGUCCGAUCUCUUACUUGUUGAUGAACUGGAGCUGUCAGACAGCAGCGAGCAGCUCCUCUCCUUCUCCAAAGACUCUGAAGACAAUGUUGUUGGCAAGAUGGACAUAACCUGUUACUCCUUGAGUGAAGAUGAAUACUCGGGGUACCAGCCUCUUAGUGCCGACAGUGAUCCAGAGGAGGCAGCAAUAAUGUCUACAUCCUCUCCUUGUGAACAGUGUGACCCCCAUAGCCGCUGCAUGUUUCUUGCACACCAGUGUUUACCCUGCUUGUCAUCCUCUUCUGUGGCCCAAAGUCCAGCACCUCUCCAAAUCAGUCAUCCAUCCCUGAACACAGAGGCACAGAAGGAUAGGAUGCUCUAUCCCUGCCGUCUGUGCCCCUUCUCCACCCAUUACUCCAGCCACCUUAAGCGUCAUAUGAAGACUCACAAUGGAGAGAAACCUUUCCGGUGCCCUCAUUGCCUUUAUGCGUCUGCACAGUUAGUUAACCUAAAGCGCCAUUUACGCACCCACACGGGAGAGAAGCCCUUCCGCUGUGAUCACUGCAGCUUCUCCUGCAGCAGUCCAGGAAACCUCAAGAGGCACCAGCGGGUCCAUACCCAGGAGAAACCGUUCAUCUGCAAUUUAUGCACUUACCGCUGCAACCAGAGCCGUAACCUCAAACGCCACCUUCUAGCGCAUCGCAGGAGAGGACUAGAGAGGCAGCACCAAGGUAUUAAGAAGGAAGAAGAUGAAGAUGAUGGAGAUGACGAUGGGGAAGAAAAAGGCAGUGGAAACAGUCCCCCCAACGAUGUUUCUGUCGCAGUCCUGUCUCUUCCUGUGACAUCCAAUGACCUUGAUAUCUUCUUGCCAACUUGUGCUCUCUUAAGUCACGCUCCCCCACCUCGUCCUCCUCCCUCUGCAGGUGGUCUACCAGAGCUGCUCUUUCCUUUCACCUGUCGUUCGUGUGGUAUGGUCCUGAAUGAAGGCUGUCCGCAGGAUGAAGAUGAGGAGGAUAAUGUGACUGAAGGACAUUACUGCUCUCGUUGUAACGCCCCUCCACCAUCUGGUAGUCCAGGAAAAGGCUUCUCUUGUGUCCUCUGUUCAUUUGUGACUCAUUACCCAAAUCAUUUGUCCCGACACAUGAAGACUCACAGUGGGGAGAAGCCUUACAAGUGCCAGUUGUGUUCUUACGCCUCUGCUCAUUAUGACAACCUGAAGCGACACCAAAGGGUCCAUACUGGUGAGAAACCAUAUAAGUGCCAGCUAUGUGACUAUGCCUGCGGCAACCUUGCCAACCUGAAGAGACAUGGACGUAUUCAUUCGGGGGACAAACCAUUUCGCUGCGGUUUAUGUAAUUAUAGCUGCAACCAGAGUAUGAACCUUAAGCGCCAUAUGCUGAGACAUACGGGGGAGAAACCAUUCCGUUGUUCACAAUGCCACUACACUACAGGACACUGGGACAACUACAAGCGCCACCAGAAGACCCAUGGUCACUGUGAUGGCUUAAGCGAGUCCCACGCUCCCCUACAUGGCAGCAUUUUUAACAAAUGCUCUACUCUGUCUGCUGCUUCCGAAACGGCAGCAUAACUGUCCUUGUUCAUUGUCAGCACCCCGGUUAUAUAUGUCCCUAUGCAUAGUGUGUGAAUACGGUGUAUUGCAUGGCUGACCUAUGUGCCUGUCCCGAUUAGUGCUAGACUUUCCAUGAUGCGGACCACAACACUCAUCCUCUGCCAUGCUGGAGAAACAAGCAGUCAAUAAGGUUGAUUCCCUGAUGGAUGUAGGAGGUGUACCUAUUAUUUUAGGGUAGGGCCCGUUGUACUUUUGGAAAACUGGAGCAUAUUUAAGAGCUUCGAUGACAUCAAGGACUUUGUGAUCAGAUGUAACUACCUAAACUGUACAGAAUGUGGACCUUCCCCUUGUGUUAAUACCUAUUUAUUCAGUAAAUAUUCCCAUUGUCUUCAUUGAGCUGA